AUGCCCAACUUUUUUCUGCUGUUGCUACUGCUCUGGGGUCUGGGGUCUCACGGCUUCCCAGCGGCUCCAGAAACACAAGAGCAAGAUGUGGAGAUAGUCCAGAAAUACCUGGAAAACUACUAUGACCUGAAGAAUGAUGGGAGGAAAAUUGAAAAGAAGAGAAGCAGUGACUCCGUGGUUGAAAAAUUGAAGCAAAUGCAGGAAUUCUUUGGGCUAAAGGUGACUGGGAAGCCAGACACUGAGACCCUGAAGGUGAUGAAGCAGCCCAGAUGUGGGGUGCCCGAUGUGGCACGGUUUGUCCUCACUCAGGGGAACCCUCGUUGGGAGCAAACACAUCUGACCUACAGGAUUGAAAAUUACACACCAGAUUUGCCAAGGGCAGAUGUGGACCAUGCCAUUGAGAAAGCCUUUCAACUCUGGAGUAAUGCCUCACCCCUGACAUUCACCAAGGUCUUUGAAGGCCAAGCAGACAUCAUGAUAUCCUUUGUCAGGGGAGAUCAUCGGGAUAAUUCUCCCUUUGAUGGACCUGGAGGAAACCUUGCUCAUGCUUUUCAGCCAGGCCCAGGUAUUGGAGGGGAUGCUCAUUUUGAUGAAGACGAACAGUGGACCAACAAUUUCAGAAAUUACAACUUGUAUCGUGUUGCGGCUCAUGAAUUGGGGCAUUCCCUUGGACUCUCUCAUUCUACCGAUAUUGGGGCUUUGAUGUACCCCACCUACACAUUCAGUGGUGAUGUUCAGCUAGCUCAGGAUGACAUUGAUGGCAUCCAAGCCAUAUAUGGACCUUCCCAAAAUCCCAACCAGCCAACAGGCCCACAAACUCCACAAGUGUGUGAUAGUAAGCUAACCUUCGAUGCUGUAACUACAAUUCGGGGAGAAGUGAUGUUCUUUAAAGACAGUUUUGCAUGUAAAAGAGAAGGUAAUAAGUACUGGGCUGUUCAGGGGCAAAAUGUGCUACCUGGUUACCCCAAGGACAUCUACAGAUCCUUUGGCUUCCCUAGAACUGUGAAGCAUAUCAAUGCUGCUGUUUCUGAGGAAGAUACUGGAAAAACAUACUUCUUUGUUGCUAACAAAUACUGGAGGUAUGAUGAAUAUGAACAAUCCAUGGAUGCAGGUUAUCCCAAAAUGAUAGCACACGACUUUCCUGGAAUUGGCCACAAAAUUGAUGCUGUUUUCAAGAAAGACGGAUUCUUCUAUUUCUUUCGUGGAACAAGACAAUACAAAUUUGAACCUAAAACAAAGAGAAUUUUGACUCUCCUGAAAGCUAAUAGCUGGUUCAACUGCAGAAAAAAUUGA